GGCUGGGCUCUCCCGGAGGCGCGCCGGAUCGCGGCGGCCGCCAACAUGGCCGAGACGAGCGAGGAGGUGGCGGUGCUGGUGCAGAGGGUGGUGAAGGACAUCACCAACGCUUUCCGCAGGAACCCGCACAUAGAUGAAAUUGGCCUGAUCCCAUGUCCUGAAGCAAGAUAUAACCGGAGUCCCAUAGUCCUGGUCGAGAACAAACUUGGUGUGGAGAGCUGGUGUGUCAAGUUCUUGUUACCAUAUGUCCACAACAAGCUCCUUUUGUACAGAACAAGAAAGCAAUGGCUGAACAAAGAUGAAUUGAUAGAUGUCACCUGCACCCUGCUACUUCUCAACCCAGACUUCACCACCGCAUGGAAUGUGAGGAAAGAGCUCAUCCUUUCUGGCACUUUAAGUCCAAUUAAGGAUCUACAUCUGGGAAAAUUGGCCUUAACUAAGUUUCCUAAGAGUCCAGAGACAUGGAUUCACAGGCGCUGGGUGCUGCAGCAGUUAAGUCAGGAAACUUCCUUGCCUUCUUCUGUGGCCAAAGGAAACUUAGGAACAGUUCCUGCAGAGAGGACACAGCGAAUACUACAGGAAGAAAUGGAAGUCUGUGGUGAGGCAGCAGGAAGAUAUCCCAGCAACUAUAAUGCCUGGUCCCAUCGCAUCUGGGUUUUACAGAAUGUGGCCAAGCUGGAUCUCAAGAUCCUUCUUGAUGAGCUAUCUUCUACGAAACACUGGGCGUCCAUGCACGUUUCAGACCACAGUGGAUUUCACUAUCGCCAGUUUUUGUUAAAAUCUUUGAUUAGCCAGACUGCAAUGGACACUUCUGCACUGCAGCAAAACUCUUUGAAAGAUGAGCCAAAAGAUGAAGAAGCAGCAGCUUCAGCAGAGGAACCAAGGAUAGAUCUUACCCAGCUCCUAGAAGAAGAAGUGGAAUUCUGCACAGAUCUUAUUGAUUCCUAUCCAGGACAUGAAACCCUUUGGUGCCAUAGGCGGCAUAUUUUCUACCUUCAGCAUCACUUAAAUGGCAAGUGUCCUCUCAACUUGACUCACCUGUCACCUGCAGACUGCUCUGGGGGUACUUUGAAUGACUUGCACCUGAUUCCAGCAAGCCCUCAACUAUCUCAGGCAAUGGAAGUGGACGGACUGAAUGACUCUAGCAAACAAGGCUAUUCCCAGGAAACCAAACGCCUGAAGCGGACCCCAGCUCCAGACUCUCUAGGCCUAGAGAUGGAGCACAGGUUUAUUGAUAAAGUAUUAUCCACUUGUCGGAAUGUAGAGCAAGCCAGGUAUGCUAAUGCAUACAGGAAAUGGCUGGUGACUUUAAGUCAGUGAAAGGUGUGGAUUCAUCCUAAGAAAUCCCCUUUUAGUGCAAUAUUGCUUUCCUUUCUCAAUGCCAUAGCUGCAUGGACUGACUGGCUAACUCUGGAUUCUUCAUCUACAGCUUAAAGUCUGUAAGAAACAUUUUGUUUUAUUUAUUUUGCUCAGAGCUGGCAUUCCUUUGGGUACAAAAUAACUGUAUAGUUCCUUCUUGCUAAACAGUGAGUCUUAAAGUUUUCCUGUUUGAUUCCAUGCCCUUUAUUUUAAUAUUUGGGCUUUUCAUUUGGUUCUUGAGAUUGGUUCACGUACCUUUACCCACCUCAGUUCAGUUGCUACAUAAGCAGUUCCUUUAAAAAUUGAAAUUUUAAGUUGCAGUUCAGCUUAGGAAUAUUCAUAGAUGUGCAAAAGGACUUGCUCUAAUUGCAGUUUUGAGAAUAAAAUGGCUAGAUGGAUGGAUAUGUGCAAAUGUAAGCCAAUUCUUUUUCAAGAAUGUUCUCCAGUUACCGACUAAGAGAACCAAAGCCAGGAGUGUUAGGAUUUAUAUAGAAAAAAUGCUUCCGAUGUAAUCUAUUUUUUAAAUGAUUAUUUAAAAGAAACUAAACUAAUUUAAGAGUUUAUGUAAUUGUAGUACUGGAAAAUUAUUUUUAUUACUAGUUUUGAUAGAUUGUUUUUACCUCAUAUUUGGUAUAUGCCAAAACAGUAAGUCAGCCCUUAUAAAAUAAAUUCUUUUUUAAAAAAACCCAGAAAUGCCAUUUUUAGUUAUUACUACUUUUUCCUUCUAAAGUUACUCAAGAAAAGUGGGAGAAAACUACAUAUAAAUGUAGUCCUUUCUUUAUAAAAUUUAAGUUUCUAAGACUAUACUGGAUAAACUGCAGUUUUUGUCAAGUGGCUAGUCGGAGUUUACUGGCAAAAUCUAGGGAGGAAGGCUAGUUUUAAGCAUUAGUUCAAUUUUUACUUUUAAAGUUAAACAAAACACUUUGAUACUAAAUUCAUCAGGGAUAAGUACCAAAGUCCACAUUAUAGCUAUAUCUCAAUAACAAGGGCUGUGUUUUUCAGGUUGGUGAAGCGGGGUGGGAAUGGGUCUAAUACCGUCUCUGUCUCUCUUACUAUAUCCACCCCUUGGGAUGAGCCGUGAUUCCUCUGUGUGCAUCCCUUCUCCUUAUCUUACCAGUCCACUCCCUGCUUUCCAUCGUUCACUGUUCCAUAUUCUUUUCUUGUGUGUCUCUUUUUCAGGGAUGCCCACUGAAGCUAUUAUCUUUCCUAUGUCAGUGAAUUUAAUACCUAGCUAUAAACACAGGAACUAUGAAUAAAAGGUGCCCCUCUCAUAGUCCCUCCUUUUAAUGGUUGUCUUGAUUAGGGUUUCUAUUGCUAUGACGAAAGUAAAAGCAACUUGGAGAGGAAAAGGUUUAUUUCGCCUACACUUCCAGGUAACAGUCCAUCACUGAGAGAAUUCAGGGCAGUACUCAAGCAGGGCAGGAACCUAUAGGUAGGAGCUGAUGCAGAGGCCAUGGAGGAGUGCUGCUUACUGACUUAACUCUCCAUAGUUUGCUCAUUUGGCUUUCUUUUAGCACUCAGGACUGCCAGCCCAUAAAGUGGCACCGCUCACAGUGAUCUGGGCCCUCCCUCAUCAAUCACUAAUUAAGAAAUUCCUUUGUAGGUUUGUUUAUGGCCUGAUCUUAUGGAGGCAUAUUCUCAACUGAGGUUUUCUCUUAGACGACUCUCGCUUGUAUCAAAUUGACAUAAAACUAAGGCAGCACAAUGGUGGAAGCUGUCUCUUAUCCCAUAUAUGUGCAAAACGUAAGCAGUGACGGCAGAAACAAGCGCCGCCGUCAUGUUUUGCAUGGUCUCUCACUCUUGGUGCUGUGUGGUGUAGGUGGAGGACAGAGGGAAAGGCGAACUGCUCGUGUCACUCUGGUGGGAACUUGUCCUUGAGUUAGGCACUCUGUAUUAAGAUGCUAGGGCAUCAUGGUAUUAUUGGGUGGCAGACUGCUGAGCUGAAUGAGGAGGCGCUUAGGAUACUAGAAAAAAAAUAUUCUGCUGGCCCCAGUAGAUAGAGCUUACUUUCUUGGGGCAAAGUUAUGUAUACCAUUUUAUAGUAUUUAGAUGAUAAAAAUACUCAACGUUGUUAACAUAAUUCCACAGCCUUCUAUUUACAAAGCAUAGUUUGAAUCAUCAGAUACCUCAAGUUCUACAUGGGUCUCUAUAGGAAAACAAUUACAUGUUGUUUAACUUCCCUGAGAUUGAGUAGAAAUGACAGCAGUUAUUGCUGCCGAACCCUGUCUUUACCCGGUAUUACCUUUCUCGACAGCAUCCUUUUUAGUUUCCGAAGUAAUAUGGCUUACAUUUGAUGUUGUUUGUCAGGCCAUGAGCAUAGGCUAUGCUGUAUGAACAUCUGCUAACUUUUUUUAUAGUGUCCCAUUUCUUUUUAUAUCUUCUACUCAGCUUCUUGGUCAUCUUUGGUGUUAGCCGCCUUCUUAUGUCCUCUAAGGCUCAGCCCACCCCUUCCUGAAGCUGUGGAGUCCUCUAAUAUACCGUGGUUUCUUCUUCCUAAUAAAGUAGAAAGUAGGUAGCAAAAAUACAGAUAUCUAAAAGAUACUGUUUCUGUGUGGCUUUUGCUACAUUAUGUCUGAAAUUAGCAUUUUCAAGAGUUUGUUCACAGGACUUAGGAUUUCCCUGUACGUUUUCUCUGUUUGGCAUUUACCCUCUCUAGCAAGCUACUGUGUCUUUGACCAAAUGAACUAACGCCAUAGAAAGAAUCCGUAUAAUGUAGGGUUUGUUUAGACACAUUCUUCUGUACAUAUGUUGCUGUUAAAACAAACAGUUAGUUUAGACUGAGACGUUUCAUCUGCUCUCACCACAACCCCACCCUACCCUUUUUAAGGCUGUGUAUUUUGGUAAUUGUAUUUCCAGGUUAUAUCAUAUGCCUUGCACAUAAUAAGGACUUAAUAACUUUUUUAAGUUGACUAAUUCACUCUUUGAAGAAGGGAAAGAUUGAUCAUAAAUGAUGGAAUAAUGAUCAGGAAAUUAAUGAGUUAUAAGUUAGUGAUGUGGGCUACCUUUGUUAAUACUUAAGGAGAGCUCUCACAUGUAAAAUUAGUGAGAUUUAGAUUUGCUGUCUUCAUUACCUUGUUUAGGCUUGUUAACUCUCAGCCAUGAGAUGGAGCUCUAGAAUUCUGAAUUCUCUUAGCUGUUUGUCUACACUAAAGACUCUCAGUGUCAAUAAGAUCCACUUGGUAAGAUUACUGUUUUCUUUCACUAAAUGAUGUUGAAGAGCAGACCUUGCAUACAGAGCCAGGGGCACAUUUGAGCAGAUGGCAUAAUGCUUGGAUUUAGAGACUUGUUGAUCUGCAUUUGUAUGUGAGUCAUCCUGAUCCCCAACUUGAACUGUGGGCCUUCUAGGUACUCCUGGAACCUGCAUGAGCCAUUUUUUAAGACUAAGGAUUUUAUAUCCGUUACUAUCCCAUAUUACUUCUAAAGAAAUUCUGGGCCAGACAUUUCUUACUCUUGGGGCACAGUUCUAACUUAAGCUAUAUGCUUCAUUAAUUCUUUUCCCUUUGUUUUUGCUGGUGCUCAGGCUCACAUUUGUUAAUCAGUCGUAGAGUUAAAUGUGUACAGAUUAUCACCAAAAGCCACUUAGAGUUUCAAAUAAGGGCUAAGUAACAUACAACGUAGAAGCAAGCUUUUGAGUUUAUAUGCAGCAGUCUGUAGAAAGCAUGUGUGGUAGACAUAGUCAUUUAGCUAAUGUUCAGAUUCUCUCAGUUCCGUGUGUGUGUGUGUGUGUGUGUGUGUGUGUGUGUGUGUGUAGAACUUGUUACAAAUUGUCCAUCUUGCAGUUUCUCUUACACAGCACAAGGUGGUGUCUGACAUGGGCCAAAUGUAACUUAGGCAUGGAACCACCACCAUACAGGCAUCUCAGUUGGCUCCCUAAGUUAGGGGCGAUUCAGUUGUAAAAUGAAGAAUCCUUUUUUUCCCCUAGAAAGCUUCUUGGGUUUACUAUUAUUUUGCUAUUAGAAAUUUUUUAAAUGCUUGAUUUAAAAAUUUUUUAAUAUUGUAAAAACCAUAUCUUUUGUCUUAAAUAAAACUGCAAACCCUAGCAAUAUGUAUGCUCCUCCACUCCCAACACACGUGGUCUGUAAUGAGCGUCUACUUAUUAAAGCAGCGUGUGGGGGUACGAGGAAACUUCAGGAAACUCAGUUUCAUAGAAACAGUGAGUAAGAAAAAGCCGCCCCAAGAAUUCCACAUAUUGUCACAUAGUGUCUUUUUAAAAAUAACUGUAUAAUAUCUUAACUUGAGUGCCUUUCUUACUUCAGUGUGGGUUACAAGGUUAUCUUAUACUGAACUCUGUGUUUAGCUAGUAAACAGGAUAGAAAUUUUAUCAGACAGCCCAUUAUAAUGCAAUGAGAUACUGACUCGAGAAGAUAGGAUCUUGUGAUUUAUAUUUCAUUAUUGGCACCCUACAAAGAAUCCCAAGACUUAGAAUUUGUUCUUUCCCUUUGUCAACUAACAUUUUGAGUUUUGGAGGCAUCAUAACUACAGGGCCACGUGCACACAAUUAAACCUGUGCAUUCUGUGCUUGAAGGGAAGCAGGCAGCACACCAGUGCACCUCACAGCAGGUGGCUGUCCCCAGUGACCCUUUGCCUUAUUCGGAAGAGCCUUCAAUAGCACUUGCUAACACCAAAAGAAAAGUGGUAAAUGCUAAAAUGAAAUUUCAAAUUUUAUGUAUUUGUGUAGGGAAGGGGACGGUAGGACCAUCAUAUUUCAUGAUAGCAAAUAAAUUUUCUUUAUAGUAAAAAUUCCAAAGUGCUUUGCAGAGCAUUCUUGAAUAAUAUAUCUCUAAUUAUGUUGUGUUCAUAACUGAUGCAGGAACAAAUGUCUCCUGUGUGGAUUUAGGGUGUGAGGGGAAUUCUCAGGCUCUCAGCUGUGACUUCUUUACCUUCUCAGGCCAUCCCUGUUACUACAGAACCGCCAGAGACUAUUGGCUCACAAACCCAGGGCAGUUGAUUUGAUCUGUGCUUUCCGAACAAGAGCAUAGCCAUAAAGCUGGCCCUGACAUUUAGUAGUUGGUUGUUGUUCCUCAGGGUGUAGAAGAUUUCAUCAAUUAGAACAAAAUAUUAUAUUCUGUGGCCAAAAAGAAAAUGCAAAAUAUGCUAAAUACAUUGCUAGCUAUUGAGCGUUAGUAUGCAAAAGCUAAUACAUGCUGUCUUGCUGUUUGUCCUGUAGUUGUAUUGUGAAUGUUACCAUAAAUGUUGCCCAUUAAGAGAAUUUCUGUGUUAUAUUUCCAAUUUGGGGGAAGUGGAGAACAUUAUAUUUUGUUUCAGUUGACUUUCUCAGCCUUUAAAAAUCAUAUUGAGGAAAAUAAUUACUAUUGUUUUGCAAAUUGACAGCUGUUUUGCUUCCUAAGACUUCUUUUUCCCUGCAUAUGUGAGAUGUAAGAUGCAGACAUGUUCAGAAUAUCGCAUACUGCCUUCAUGUUAUAGGAAACUAGCAUGUCAGACUGGUAAAUAUUGGAGAGGAAUAUUAACAUAUCUCUCUCUUAAUCAUUGUUCACAUUCUUAGUUUUGGGUAAAGUAUGCUACUUUGUAUGAGAAAUACAUUAUGAAAUUUAAAUAUGUAAGGAAAGAUUGUAUAACAUUGCAGCCAGAGUUGAGGAUCUUUUUAGGUUUCUAAACACACAUACACACAUCUAAAGAGAUCUGGAGCCUAGGUCUACAUGAUUUUAUCCCAUUAAUUUUUAUAUUUGCUCAAAGUAUUCUUAUUUAAGGUAAUUAUCCCAAUAGACAGCUUGCUCUAGCAAAGUUGGAAACUGACUUAAGUGUCCACUUGCCCUAUCUAAAUUUUGUGAAAACUGUUUGAUUAGGAGUUUGGUAGUUUAUAAACCAUGUUAUUCUGCUUUUCUUCCAUCUCCUUAAGGAAUCAGCCUUUAUUUCAUGCCUAGCAGUCACUCUCCUCAAAGCACUGCUCAUGUUUAUAAAGUGACGAAUAAUACAAAUGAUGUUUUGGUGUUUUGGUUUUUUUUUUUUUUAAUGUGCCAUGGGGAAGUAUAUUAACAUCAAUUCACACAACUCGCCCCUGGAAGCAUUCAUUCAUUUAUUCCCAUAUUUAAUGUCAUGUAUUUGAAGCAGGCAGCUUUUUGUUGGUUAAAGAAGUGGUACAGAUGAGAAGUACUUAGUCAGCUAUUGCUCUACCAUCAAACUAAGAGCUCUCACCAGGGAGACUGUUGCCAUCUCUUCACUGAAGAAUACAUUUGUAGAGCCAUGUGUUGGACACUGGAAAAUGUUAUUACAUAACAUGAAUUAUUACACUUGUUUGUUUAGGUGCAAUUAGAGACAUAAUAAAAAUAUUGUUUAACAGAACCAUAGUAUGAAGACAGGAGUUAUAAAAAGCUGAAGCAGUAGCAUGUUGUGCAAGACACAUUUAAUAAAUGUCUUUAAAUAUUGGCGGUUAAACUCUUUUAAAGAGAGCUUGUGGCCACCUUCUACAGCCCCCGUAUGUAAUAGCAUAUCCUGCACUUCCCAGCAGAGGCCCCUUAUUCCACCCCAAUUCUCAGUUCCUUUCCUGUGUCUUAAAAGUGAUAAUGAUAAAAUAGGAAGUUGGGCUGGGUGACUUCAUAUAAUUUUCUCAGAAUAUGUUGGACAUGAGGAAGAAAAUUUUAUCAAUGAUACUGUAGUUUGAGGACCUAUUCUGAGUUGACCUGAUGCAAAAGAUUUAAACAAAUAUUCCUACCUGAACUGUGAGGAAGCAAGUGUGUAGUGUAAGUCUAAAUGGCUUUGCCUUCGGUGGGUGAGCUUGCUGACGUGUGACUGUCGCUGGCUGAUGUCAGCUCUACUUUUGGUGUGUUUUGUUCUAGGAGAGUAAUAGGGUGUACACUAUACUAGAUCACAGUACUGCUUCUGAGCCGGAAACAAACAAAAGAUGAGGUAUUAUAAGUACGCCAAAUAGUUAUCUACUAUUACAGAAACAAAGAGAAAGACUUUAAAAGUACAGCAAUGUCUUUUUUUAAACUUGGGGUUUUGUAUGCUAGUUCAUUGCAUCGUUUAACAUUAUAACACUGAGGGACCUUCACUGAAGAAAAGGAUCUCAGAUAGUAUAUUCUACUAUUAGUUUACAUUGCUUGUAGAUUUUCCAAAAAGAGCAUCCAAUAGACUGCAGUUAACAGUGGACGCACUGCUCUGACUCAUGGUGCAGCAUCGGAUCCUGGGCAUUAAGCAUUGGUUAGGCCAACUCGUUUUCUUGGAGACAGUGUCUUCACUGAUAGUACUUCCUGUGCUAUCCCAGUCUGCAUGGAAGUUCCUUUAGCUCUUAUGUAUCCACAGUUUUAAAAGGAUUAGAUCUCUUGUGAAUUCUUUACAGUUAAAAUGUAUACCCUGGAGGGGAAUAAGAAUAAAUUUUAUAAAAAGGUAUGUGCAAAGUACACUUGUGGUAUUUGGGAGUUUAGUAUCCCAGACUGAUUAAAUUAUGUUAAAUUCUAAAGCUAUCACUUGGACUUUUGGCUAAGAUUAAAUGUAAAUUCUAAGAGUAACAUAAUCAUGUAUUGUUUAUGACUGUGGUAUUCAAUGGAAAUGUAAUAUGAACCAAAACGAAAUUAUAAUUUUCUAGUAGCAAUGUUUAAGAAGUGUAAUUAACUUUAAUAAAAAUAUAUCUUAUUUAACUUAAUCUAUUAAAAUACUAUUUCAGCAUAUAAUCAUUAUAACAAAACUAAGGAGCUAGCCGUCUCCUUUCUUCUCUGUAUAUUAGCCUUCACAGUUCAGUGCGUCUGGCCGUGGGUCAGGUCCUCGGGCUCCACGUGUGGCUAGGUGCUGCUGCAUCAGCAGUGCAGAGUUCCGGGGCGCAGCGCACGCAUCUGUUUAAAUGUGGAGGUGACAAGUAGACAUGACCUUUCAGUACUUUAUGGAUUAUGUAGGAUAUUUAGAAAGAUAUCUGAUGGAGUUUUCCUUCAUCUUAAUUUAAGUCUGCUCUAGAAAUUGGAUCAACCUGAUCCAGUUUGCCAAGCAUUUUUUUAAAGAGGAGGAAUCCUGUGCCAUGUGGAAUACCAUAGUCACUGUCGUGGGUACUGAUGGUACGGUUUCAGUCUUCAUUACAGUCCAUCCUGUUCCUUAAAAACAAUAGCUUAGGUUGCAUGCUUACUGUGUAUCUGUACCUGUUUGUUUUCUAUUAUUCUUGUUGUAUAAUGAUGUAUAUUAACCAGCAGCCCUAGGAUUCUAAUCUAUGCAGCCGUCUUCUGGAACAUAAUGGUGUGCUUACUAAAUUAUGAUAAGUGGCAGAGAAAUAGGAUGAACCAUUUCUUUUCCCAUUAGAUUUGUUCUUUUAACAUGGAGCCAUGUACCAAACUAGCUGUAAAUUACUGUAUUUCUGUAGACUAUGGAAAUGGUGUUGUCUUGCUGAUGUCUAAGUAAACUUUACCUCUCCUAAAACAA